CCACAUAUUUUCCAGCCUGCUGUAGUCUUUGUACCCUCCUUGGUGUUCUUUUGAUGCAAAAAUUAGCUAACUCUGUUGAUGUGUUACUGGGUAGUAAAGUGAAGGCUUGGAUGGUGUCUCGUGGUCCCUUCCAGUCUUAACUGUUCUGAUUCUGUUGUAGGGAUCAUGUUGCAAAAAUCCUGUCUUAGGCCACACUGUUGUGCAGUGGAGAUGCUGUUGUGGUGUUUAGGAGGGAUUUGUUGCCUGUUCUAAUAGCAAAUGAGCCCUAAAGACAUAAAGCAUCCUUCAUUCUUCUGUGAUUUCCUGUCCCCAAACAACAAUCGCUCAUCAGCUGUGCUUUGGUGAGGGCUGUUUCUUUAAAAGCAAUUCAUUUGAAGAUUCAUUUUGCUGCUGAAGGAAAAGUGAAGAGCAAAGCAGUUCUGGGAAGGCAUGGUUGUUUUUGGCAGGUAACGUGCAAAUGUGUGCCAUGAGGUUUUGCUAUUGCAUUUCAUUGCAGAACCUCAUUAAUUACUGCUCAUCAUGCGGUGCCUCUGCAACGUGCAGAUAUUCAGCAGAGCUUUCAUGCAACCUGAAGGCACUCAACUGAAGGCCUCAUCCAUCAGGACGCAGUGGUGGAAAGCACGUUUUCCACCUUUCCCCAUUUCUUUCCAGUUCAUUUCUGCUUUGUUUUUUUUCUAUGCAGCAGCUUUGCUUUCGUAUUCCCAGCUGAUGAGCAGCCGUGCCACCUCAUCUGGCCCAAUUCUGAAGGGUUGCUCAGCGUUUGGUAUCUGCACACCUCUUACAGAGCAGUUCUUCUUCCCUGCUCCUCUUUCUGUUCAUAUGAUGUGCUCUCCAGAAACGUCUCUCAUCCUGUGUGGUGUUUGAAAUCUUAGUGUCACCAUGUAAAUAAAAACGUAAGGAUGAUGCUGCAGCCUUUUCUGCUGAGAUCCCAUACUUUGUGCAGCAUAAGGAAUUGCUUGGGGAUAUCAAGUACACCGUCACAAAUACAGAUUGAUAGCUCUGGCUCUUUUUUUUUGUCAUGAGUCACAGUGCUGUGGUCAUUCAGGCCAAUUACCUCUGAUUCAUCAGAGAAUUAAAAGCCUGAUUUUCUAUUCUGAAGACACGUAACUUGGCGUUGUAUCUACCAGGGUUGUGAAUGCUGUUUGCAUUAGUCAGAUUCCAGUACAUUAACAGGUUCCUGUGUUAAAGCCAUGGUAACUUCCUUCUUUAUAGGCAAGUUUACAAAGCUGCCAUUCUUCUGACAGUGGUUUCUCAGAGCAGCAGGUCUGUUGUUCAGAAGUAGCAGCCUGCUUGCUGGCACCCCAGCUGAUGGAGGGCCGUAUGUGCCUGCAGUAGGAUGGUGAGAAGGUCAUACUCCACACCUGCACUGUGUAAAGCAAACUCUGUUGCUAGCAUCUAUUUAAAACAACGUGGUUUAUUUUGAGACCUGAGUGACCACGCAGAGUUCAGGCACAGGGCUGAAGAAGAAUGCAGGAACAAGGUGUUUACAGAGUUGUUUCCCUCCAGCCUUACAUUUGGUCCAUGCUCUUGGCUCCUCUUUGCCAUUUUGAUUGCUGUUUCAGUGGUGAAUCUAUUUGCUCAAGCAAGUGCUAUGAGAACACAGUGCAGGCUGUGUCCAUCACUGAGCCCUGCUCUUGUCAGUGCCACAGAGCAAGGCAUUUAAGGUAGAUGUGAGGGGCAGAUUCUUCACUCAGAGGGCAGUGAGGCCAUGGAGAAAUGUUGGUGCCCCAUCCCUGGAGGUGCUGCCUGGAUGAGCCCUGGGCAGCCUGAGCUGUGGUGGCAGCCAGCCCACGGUGGGGAAUUGGCCAAUCCAGCAUUGGCCUUUGCACUGCAUGCAGUCCUCAGCAGUGGCAGAGUUGCUUGCUGGCACUCAGAAACACUUACAGCCAUGGGUUGUCAUUUUAGUCCCUAGAUCCAGCUCUUAAAGCAAUGACACUGCCUUCACCUCUGAGGUCUCUUUUACAGCCCUACCAGUCGCGUGCCACCAUCUCCCAGUGCUCACAGCAAAGCCUAGAGGUGUUCAGCAGUGCUGCCCUGGGAUUUAUUGGCUUUAACCAAACAACACAGACGAGGCAGGCAGCGUGUGGUCAGCACUGCCGUGCAGGGGGCUCAGCUCCACUUCCACAGCUGCCAGGGAGGCUGUGAUCAAGAGCUCAGCAUGGGGGGGAAGGGAGUGCCCUGCCCUGCCCUGCACUGCCCUGCACUGCAGAGAUCUUGCUGACUGAUUUCAGAGCUGGGAUGGGGGGCCCCAAAGGAAGCUGCACUCAGUUCUCAGCAGGAAGGAAAAUGACUGCAUGGAAGGGUGGUUAGUGCAACGGGUGGGAGACAAAGAGUGAAUGCACUUCUGUGUCGGCCUGUGCCUGGGCAGUGGGGUGUGAGGGGCAAUGUGCAAAGUCACAAAGCAUAUCCCAGCAAGCUUUUUGGCGUAUCUUUUGUUUUAUAACUUUAAUCCAGCAUCAUUAUGUGGUUUACUGUAGCCCUGUGAGCACUUGGAUCGUUGAGCACUGUGCCCAAUAGUGCACUUCUGGGACAGCCACAUGGAGGAGCCUGGCUGCGCUUCAGUUACUUCUCUAAGUAAUCAGAAAGCUCCUUCUAGCUCGUGGCAAUAAUCCUCUGCUCAGGGCUGUGCUCACUGCGUGGCAAUGCUGAGGUUCUCUGCAUGCUUUCUGUCUGGCUAGCACAGCUCUGCCAGCUGAUUUUUGUGUUUUCUGUUUGAUAAAGGUGAUUAGAGAGAGGCAGCAGCAGGUUACUGUCACAGACUGAUCCAAAGCCGCAGCAAGGGAGUUGAGCUCCUCCAGAAAGCUUACAAGAGGAAACCUGAAAGGUGAAAGCCGGGUUUUCGGAAAGGAGAGUCUAAAUGCCAGCUCCUUCCCUGCAGCCUGCUCGCCUCAGUAAGUAACCUUAACUGGGAGCUGCUGUUACUUUAAAUAAGAACUCUCCGUGCCUCGUGCUGUAAGGUGAGAAAUUUCUUUUGGAAGAGGACGGCGGUGACACUUGGAACUCGCUGGUGGUGCUGGCAGCUUGGCAGAGAGCAGAAAGCAGGCUGGAUCGAAGCAAACGCCUGCAGGAGCUGUCAGGCUCGAGUUCUGCAGAGGAAAAGUGCCACUGGAGAAAGUAACAAAGCCCUGAGAGUAAGAAGAGCUGGAUUGUAUCACCCUGAAAGCCAACCCGUCUUACAGCUCUCCUCUGCUUCCUUUAAGCUUCUGUUUUAUUCAGUGAUCUUUACUGCAUCUGUUUUUCUCUCUGCCUCACGUGUUCCAUCACAACAGCUGUGCUGCUGGAAGAAAACCUGGAGAAAGAUGUGCUAAAGCCUCACACGUCAAAGAGGAGAAGCUUGGAUCCUGCCUUGGUGGCUGUGUAGCUCCCAGUGCUGGAAGAAAGGAGGACAAGGAAGAACUUGCUGUAGCUCCCAGGUCCCGCUGUGUUCUCUGCUGGCUCAGCUGUUGGUGUCCCCCAUUCCUGGACUUUGCUUGAUGGGGAUCUCUGCUGCGGGAGCAGUCUCUGCACUCAAAGGCAGGAGAGCAGGGGUAGGAGAGGUGGCCUCUAGAUGCUGGAAAGGCCAUUUGUGUAAGCUCCUGGCAGAAGGUCUCUUCUGGAACAGCUGCUGGCUGUAGGCCCACCGAGCUGAGGUUCAGGAUAGCCUCUGUGCAGCAUGUCUUCCAAGCCAGAGCAGAAGGAGACCCACCAGGCCAAUGGGGCCGUGCUGCCUGCUGUGCCCAUGGACUGCCUUGUCAGUCCGGACCGGGGGCAGCUGGUGGAGCCCUCCAAUUUCCUGGGACCUGAUGGUGUCGGGGUGGAAGUGGUGGUGCUGGAGUCCCGUGCCAACGCUAAAGGUGUGCGAGAAGAGGAUGCCCUGCUGGAAAAUGGCAGCCAGAGCAACGAAAGUGAUGACACCAGCACAGACAGAGGCCCUGAGCCAGCCUCUCCACUCAAGGAGACCUCCUUUUCCAUCGGGCUGCAAGUACUCUUCCCCUUCCUCCUGGCAGGCUUUGGGACAGUUGCUGCUGGAAUGGUGCUGGACAUUGUGCAGCACUGGGAUGUCUUCAAAUACGUGACCGAGGUUUUCAUCUUGGUGCCAGCACUGCUGGGUCUGAAGGGGAACCUGGAGAUGACGCUGGCAUCUCGCCUGUCAACAGCUGCUAAUAUUGGCCAAAUGGAUACACCCAAAGAGCUCUGGAAGAUGAUAACAGGGAACAUGGCUCUGAUACAGGUUCAGGCUACCGUGGUUGGCUUCCUGGCCUCGAUUGCAGCAGUGAUAUUUGGAUGGAUUCCAGAUGGGCACUUCAGCCUUGACCACGCUGUCCUGCUCUGUGCCAGCAGCGUGGCUACUGCUUUCAUUGCUUCCCUUGUUCUGGGCAUGAUCAUGAUUGGAGUCAUCAUUGGAUCCAGGAAGAUGGGAAUCAAUCCUGAUAACGUGGCCACACCGAUUGCUGCCAGCCUGGGGGAUCUCAUCACCCUGGCUCUGCUUUCAGGAAUCAGCUGGGGCUUGUACAAAGAGCUGGAGAGCAAAGCAUACGUGAAUCCUUUGGUGUGUGCCUUCUUCAUAGCUCUGCUGCCCAUCUGGAUCAUCAUUGCCAAGAAGAAUGCAGCGACUCGGGAGGUGCUGUACUCUGGCUGGGAGCCAGUCAUCAUUGCAAUGGCAAUUAGCAGUGUUGGGGGUUUAAUUCUGGACAGAACAGUCUCAGAUCCAAACUUUGCUGGGAUGGCUGUCUUCACACCAGUUAUUAAUGGUGUGGGUGGCAACCUGGUGGCAGUGCAGGCGAGUCGCAUCUCCACUUACCUGCACAUGAGUGGGAUGCCUGGAGAGAGCCCUGAAGCAGCCCCUCGCAGAUGCCCCAGCCCUUGCAGCACUUUCUUCAGCUCAGAUGUGAAUUCCCGCUCUGCCCGUGUGCUCUUCCUUCUGGUCGUGCCUGGACACCUGGUUUUCCUUUACACCAUCAGCUCCAUGCAAGGUGGACACACUACACUCACCCCUAUUUUCAUUGUUUUCUACAUGACAGCUGCACUUCUCCAGGUUCUCAUUCUGCUCUACAUUGCUGACUGGAUGGUGCACUGGAUGUGGGGCAGGGACCUCGAUCCUGACAACUUCUCCAUCCCCUACUUGACAGCGCUGGGUGACCUGAUCGGAACGGGGCUCCUUGCUCUCAGCUUUCAUGUCCUCUGGCUUAUUGGUGACCGGGAUUCUGAUGUGGGGGAUUAGCUCUCCCUGCUGCUCCUCCCCUCCUCUCAGUUCUCCUCCAUUCAUUUUUGUCAUGGUUGUUUUUCUUCCACCCUUGCUCUCCUCCUUCCCCCCCCCCCCAACCCUGUCUCUCACGAGACUUCAUCUUUGAUACAAGAUUCUCAUUAUUUUCAAUGGGAAUUUUAUGUGGUUUAUAUUUCAAGCCAAGUUUGUACAGAAAAAUAAAUCUAGUUUUAAGAAGGACGCGAAAGUGUAAUGAGACAAUCACCAAGUGCAAUUUCCUAGCAGUUGUCUGACCAGUGUUCCAGGGGAGCUGCCCAUCAGUUGAUGGAGCACACAGGAGGCCCGCCUGUCCCAGCCACUGGAGGUGAAGGGCUGCUUUGUUCGCUUCAUAAGCGUUUUAAAUACUGAAGAUAAGGUUCAGAUGUGUGUUGCUGAGAGGGCAACUUCUAGCAAAGUGCAGCCUUGUGGGUGAGGACACGGGGAUCUCCCAUUUUCUGUCCUGUGACCUUUCUUCCUCAUGUUUUCUCCCCAAAUCCCUCCCCUGUGCCUCGCACCCAAAGCAUGCAGCUCUCUGGUCCGCAGAUGAUCCAGUUUUGUGCAUUUAGGCUUGCUUUUAGCUGCUGUGUGUGUGCUGCUGCUGGGCCUGCUGCAGCUGGGCAGGAGCUGCUCAGUACCUUCUUUUGCUGAGCCUGAAGCAUUUCAAACUCGGGAGCCUUAUGCUACUGCUGUCUCUUAGAAGAUGCCAUCUGUGUUCAGCCGUUGGCUUUCCCUGUAUGCGUAGGAGAAAGCAGGAAAACAGGUCAGCAGCACAGCCUGAGUUGUGCAGCUGUGCAUCGUUGGUGCAGCGCUGUGUGGCUCUCAGCAGAGCGCCCUGCUUGCCUUGAGCUGCACGUGGAGCCUGGGGUUGGUGACAGCCCAGCAGAGCCUGAGCAACUGUGAGCCUUAUUUCCCUCCUGCUUUUUGUGCUGCCCAGCUGGGAGGUGGCCAGGAAGCUUUCCUUUCCUCUGCCUUUGCAGGCUGGGAGGAUUCUCAUGCAGUCUGCAGCAUGCAGUUCUGGCUGUGUGACUGAGGCGUUUGUAAAUCAUCUUCCAGAGUGCUGUCAGCACUCAGCACUUUGUACUUUUCCCAUUUGGAAAUUGAUUCAGUGAGCUGAGCACAGUUUAUUUAAGCAGGUCUUAUUGACUUGGAAGCUUCACUCAGCUGCAUCGAGUUUAAGUGAUGCACUCAAGCAGACAGCACUGUUAAACAGGCUCAGAUGUAAACUGAAUGCACGUGUGCAUGGGAGAGAGCUUCUAAUGUUGGUAGGGAUGGGGAUCAUAGCAUCCUAUGGCACCCAGUUUUGGUGCCGCAGUGCCCAAAGCACAGGGAGACGCCCUCAGUGCCCAGCAUGGUGCCCUGGCUCUGAAAUAACACCUGAGCUCUCACAGAGCUGUGCUGCUGCCUGGCCUGUUUGCCUGCAGAUCCAGAGCAUCACUGGAGAGCUGCAGGAUUUGGGGUUGCCUACAGGCUGCUGCGUUUCUUGUUUUGUCUGGAUUGGCUUCAGUUCCUCCCUUAGGUUGUCCUUAGUGUUUCUUGCACAAACAGGCAGUGCUCCCUUCCUUACCUUGCUGAUGUGAAGCUCGCCUUCCCCCUCCCCAUCUCUGUGCUGUCCUUAGCUGCAGUAGCUCUGACCCUCCUCCUGUUCCCUGCAGUGACUCUGGCUGCUCGCAGGUCUGAUUCAGCCGCAGCUCUAUUCAAAAACACCCAAAGGAAAACCAAAACAAACCAACCAAACUCACAGCCCAAAGCCAGCAGUCUGAGCCUGGGGACUCCUACAGCAUCCUCUGCUGUCACCUCCUAUCCAUGCCUGAUGCCGAGGGCUGGAUGUGAGCUUUCCUUCUGCUAACACACGUCUGUGUGUGGCCGUGCCAUCGCUGCUCCGUGCUGUGAUAUCAGCUUUUGGUUCCCCAGGAAAGAAGUGGUGCCAGAGCUGUGCUUGUGGUCUCCCAUGGGCGCAGAGGUGCUGCGGGGUGAAUGGAGUGGUGCAGAAUCUUAUUUAGCAUUUCAGCACAUUCACAGCCAAAAGCUUUUCCCACCACUUGCACUCGGUUGCAUGGCCCAACCUACAGCUGACUGCAAAUGAGAAACACCCGUUUACUUCUUUUUAUUAAAGGAAAAACAACAAAAGGACUGUCUUAAUUAUUUAUAGUUACUGUAACUGGAUUGACGGAUGUCAACUGCUGAUAAAUUAUAUUUCGUUAAAUAAAGAUGACAUUUAUUUGUGUGGA